AUGUCUCCAAAUUCUUCGAAAGAUCGAUCGAGCCAAAUAGAGCCUACGCCCGAAGUUGUUAAAACCACUAAGAUAGAAAGCAAGAAUGCCGUAAAGGAUACUGUUCCCGUAGUAUCUGAAGCUGAGGUUGAUGGUACUUCAAUAGCAAGAGAAAAACAAGAGGCAUCUUAUGUCGGUUGGAAGCAAGUUGGCGGCUGGGAGGAAAAGGACGAGCUAACACCCGAGGAUCUUCUGGUGGAUUUAAGCAAAGACACAUACGUAGGUAACCUCCUACCAGAGAAACUUUACGGUGAUUGGUACCACGAUGUCGCUAUCCUUACCAUAGGUGCUUUAGGCUCUUUUGCAUUAGGUUAUUUCAAAUUUUCUUUAACAUCUGUUCUUAUUGUGAUCCUUGCCGCAGGAGUUCUAUACAGAUCGUCGUCGAAAAAAUACAGAGAAAGGUUAAGGGAUUUGGCUCAAAAAGAGCAGACUGUAGAGAAAAUUAGUGACGACUAUGAAUCAAUCGAGUGGUUAAACACCUUUUUAGACAAAUACUGGCCAAUUAUUGAACCUUCUGUCUCCCAGCAAGUCGUCGAUGGUACGAAUACUGCUCUGUCCAAGAUUGAGGCAAUUCCCAAAUUCAUCAAAGCUAUAUGGCUAGAUCAAUUCACUCUGGGUGUAAAACCUCCAAGAAUUGAUACUAUAAAGACAUUCCAAAAUACGAAGUCCGACAUUGUGGUCAUGGAUUUAUGUCUGUCAUUCACCCCACAUGACAUGUCUGAUCUUGACGGCAAACAGUCCAGAAACUACGUAAAUUCUAAUAUCGUAUUGAAGGCAAAAAUGUUUGGGGUGGAUUUACCUGUAUCUGUCUCCGAUCUUUCCUUUAGAGUUUUUACUAGGCUCCGCUUCCAACUAAUGACCACCUUGCCACUUGUCGAAACUAUAAACAUCCAAUUGCUAGAAACUCCAGAAAUCGAUUUCAUUGGCCGUCUAUUAGGCAAUUCCAUUUUCAACUGGGAAAUAUUAGCCAUUCCUGGCUUAAUGAGAUUAAUUCAAAAAAUGACACUUAAGUACUUGAGUCCUGUUUUGCUCCCACCUUUUUCUUUACAGCUCAAUAUUCCUCAGCUACUUUCCAAGACUGGUUUACCUAUAGGUGUUCUUGAAAUUAAAGUCAAAGGAGCUUAUGGAUUAAGAAAGCUUACAGAUAUCAUAGACAAAACAGUAGACCCAUAUUUGACUUUCGAGCUAUCUGAUAAAAUAGUCGGUACAACUAAGGUCGUUAAAAACUCUAUGAAUCCUACCUGGGAUGAAUCUGUUUAUAUUUUACUGCAAUCAUUCACCGAUCCAUUAACAAUUACUGUAUAUGAUAAAAGCGAGACUUUGAAAGAUAAGAAAAUGGGCGUAAUAGUUUUCAACUUGAAUAAACUACAUGCAAAUCAUUACCAAAAGGAUGAAAAGGCUCAUUUUCUGAGAAAUUCUAAACCUGUCGGCCGUUUGGCAUUUGAUUUGCGGUUCUACCCCACUAUUGAAGCAAAGAAGUUAAUCAACGGUGAAGAAGAACCUUUACCAGAUCUAAAUACAGGUAUCACCAAAAUUGUUAUCAAUGAAAUCAAGGGACUGAACGAACCUUCCGAUAAAGAAUCGGUCUUUGCUGAAUUAUACGUAAAUGCACAAUUGGUGAUGACUACAAAAAAGAAAAAAAGAACUGCUGACAUAAACUGGGACUCUUGCUACUAUUCUGUAAUAACAGAUCGUAGAAAGGCUAUUUGCAGGUUUGUCAUUAAAAACCAAAGCGGCAAAGUUAUCUCGUCUUCAGUACAACCUUUGAAUGAUUUGAUAGAUAGAACAGAAGUUGAUAAAGAAUGGAUUCCACUAAAGGAUGGAAAAGGUGAAUUAAAAAUUACGACGUAUUGGAGGCCGGUGGCCAUAGAUCUUGGUUUGAAAACGGUCGGCUAUACCACUCCUAUCGGCAUGUUAAGAGUAUUUAUCAACAAGGCUGAAAACUUAAGAAACCCGGACAGCUUAGGCAAAAUUAGUCCUUAUGCCAAAGUAUCUGUGAACGGUACAACAAAAGGGAGGACAAAUCAAAAAAUAGAAACGCUGAGCCCUAUCUGGAAUCAAGCAAUUUACGUUUCUGUUACAUCUCCUUUGCAAAGAGUAUCCAUUGACUGUUUAGGAACAGAUACGAAUGGCGAUGUCCUUCCUCUCGGCAGUUUUAAUAUACAAACUCAGAAUGUAUUCCAUAAAGACAAUGAUGACAAAUAUAUCGAUUUUAUCGACAACACCCCAAGAACCGGCAAUUUAGUAGGAAAAAAAGGCGUAAAGGGGAUUGUUACAUACUAUUUAUCAUUCUACCCAAUUGUUCCUGUACUAAGUUUGGAAGAGGCGAGGGAAGUCGAUGACAUCAACGAGAAGAAAGACAAGUUGGAAAAGGAAAAGAUCUCUUUGGAUGACAAGACUACCUCCCGGGAGGAGAAAGAAAGGAUUAAAAAGGAAGAAGCCAUGAUCACUGAGAAGUACGACAUGUAUAGUUAUAAGAUGAAACUGGAUCUAGAUGAAUUGCUGCAAUACAAUGCUGGCGUAUUGGGUGUAACUGUAUUGGGCGGAGAAUUGCCCCAACCUGGUCUCUAUGUCCAAACCUUCUUUGAUUCUUGUGGUUACGCUACAAUAACCAGUGCAAAGAAUGCAAUUAGGACAAUUAAGACAGGCUGGUCUGGCGAUUUCAUGAUCAAAGAGCUUGAAUGGUCUGUGACUACAUUCAGAGUGACAAAGGUCAAAGAUGCAAACAAGGCUGAAGACUUCGUUUGUGAAGUCAACAUCCCAACACUUGAGUUGGUGAAAAACUGUUAUUAUAAACCCUCGGUAUUGAACCUGAUAGGCAAGAAGAGUGCCAAGCUAUUGGUUCAGGUAUCAUGGUUUCCUAUAAGUGCUUCGGAAUUACCUCAGUCUGACCUAAUCACAAACUCAGGGAACUUGAAGAUUACCGCUAAGAAUGCUGAAAACUUGACCGGUAUCAACAGGAAUGGUUAUUCCGAUCCAUACUUGGAAUUUUUCUUAAAUGAGAUGAAUACAUCGGCUGUUUUCAAAACUACAGUCCAAAAGAAGACACUGAAUCCCUCUUKGAAUGAAAGCAAGACUAUCGAAAUCUCAAAUCGUGUCAAUGACUAUUUGACAAUUAAUGUAAUGGACUAUGAAUCAACCAAUUCCAACAGAUGUAUUGGUAAAGCGGUCGUUCCCUUAUCUACUAUCGAACCAGAAGAAGAUGCUGAUUUAGAUGUAGCAUUAGUAGGACCAAAGGGAGAAGAUGGCGGACUAUUACAUCUUAAAUUUGAGUUCGAACCCCACUAUACUAGCAAUGUAGUUAAACGUGAAGCUAAGUUCGGGAAUUUUGCUACAAAAGGGUUAGGUACGGGUAUCAAAGCUGGUUCUACGGUUUUUGCCUUAGGAACCAAUGUUGUAAGCACUGGGUUUGGAACCAUCGAUAAGGUGAGAUUGGGGGUCUUCGGUGGUGGUAAAGGACGUAAGCAUACUGAGGACGAAGAGCCCAAAGAGAAACAAUAG